AUUCAUUGAACAUCGUACGAUGAUAUACGAUAAACAAAUGUAAUUGAAAGAUCCUUAAAAUCUUCACAAAAAGAAUCAAACGAGAAUCUUCGCUCUACUUUUACCACGAGAAAUGAAUAUAAAAACCAGAAAAGAAAACAAAAAAAGAACAAAAAAACCCCAAAACCCCAGACAGGCUUAAAGAUCGAGUCUUGAAUAGAACCCACAACUGGAAAAGCUUCUUCUAAACCCCAAAAGCUCACUGCAACUCUGCAACUCUGCAACUUUCCAAUUUCUGCCUCAAUCAGGUAAAAAUGUUGGCCUCGGCAGUCCAACCGCCGUUAACGGUGAAACCGCCUCAUCUCCACCAGUCCUCACCCUGCAUCUCAAACACCCACAUGGAAGUCAUUGCAGCUAAACCCACCAGACCCAGAAACAGAAGGAAAGCACUAUUCUUCCAUUCAAUUUGUUCCCAAUGCCUCAACCUCAAAUCAUUCUCCCGCCGCCAAUUUCUCACAAGGGUCAGCGGUAGCGACGGCGGCGGUGCGGCUGAUGCCACCCCACAACAGUAUAAACCACCCACUGACACUAAAGAGAUAAAGAGUAGUUCUUUGGGUGACGGGUAUGUCGGCUUGUUUAUUCGGAUGCUCGGUCUGGCCAAUGAUUCCCUUGAUAGAGAGCAGGCUAUAGUGGCACUCUGGAAAUACUCACUUGGAGGGAAGCAAUAUGUUGAUGCCAUUAUGCAGUUUCCUGGCUGCAUAAACCUGAUUGUAAACUUGCUGAGGUCGGAAUCCAGUUCUGCGUGUGAAGCUGCCGCUGGACUUUUAAGAUCGAUAUCCCUUGUUAAUUUGUAUAGAGAUGUGCUGGCAGAUGGAGCAACUGAAGAGAUAACGGAUUUGCUAAAUCGACCGUCUUUGAAUCCUGAGGUGAAGGAGCAAGCUAUAUGUACUUUGUGGAACUUGUCCGUUGAUGAGAAGUUCAGAGAGAAAAUUGCAAACAGUGAUGUGCUGCCAUUACUUGUUAAGUCCGUGGAUGAUGAGGACAUAAAGGUGAAGGAAGCAGCUGGAGGGGUGUUGGCAAAUUUGGCAUUAAGUCACUUUAGUCACAGCAUUAUGGUUGAAGCAGGUGUUAUACCAAAAUUGGUGAGAUUCUACUUCCAUUUUUUAUCGGCAGAUGAUAUCCUGAAGUCUAAUAUCCCCCUUCACAACAAAGAUUGGUUUGCUGCUUGUUUGGUGAAACUUGGUUCUCUUUCUCGUCCCAGACUAGAAUUCGAGGACCCAAUCAACAUGGAAGUAACUCUCCACCAGACCAUUCCAAGACUCAUGGAGCAGCUAAAAACCUCAUUCGUUCCAGAAGAAAAGGAAGCUGCAGUUGUAGAACUCAACAGAAUAAUCUCUGAAGGGGUGGUUGAUUCCACUCGAGCCAUUGCUUCCGAAGGAGGCGUAUUUCUGUUGGUCAAACUGAUUGAAGAAGGGAGUGAGAGGGCCAUUGAAGCAAGCUUGGCGAUACUGUAUAAUCUGAGCAUGGACAGUGAGAAUCAUUCAGCAAUUGUAGUUGCCGGAGCAGUUCCCGUUUUGAGGAGAAUUGUCCUAUCACAAAGACCACAGUGGAACCGGGCACUUCAUUUGCUGAGGACUCUACCUACAUAAGGAGACGCUGCCAAACCUUAUGGUUAUGAGAUAAUUUUUCCAUUUUUGCCAUACUUAAAGCUACGAAUCUACCCUUAAAUUGAAGGGCGAGGUAACUCCCGUGGAGAGCAUACUUUUGUACUGGGGCAGCUGAUGCCGUUAGUAUAUGUACGGAUUGUAAUCAAGCUCCUUGCCCUUCUGUACAAGCACAGGAAUGUAAAAAUUUUGGUGGUUAAAUGGGAAAUAAUUUUUUGACAUCA